GACACAGCUAUUAUAUACUUUUCUCUUGAGGGAUAAUGGCAACCUGCUGUUCAUGAUUUGGGAAUGCCUGCCAAACGCACCCCAGCCCAUUCUUAUUCUUCUGAUUAUUUCCGUCUCAUGAUCCGGAUCCGCCCUCACUACCUGCCCUAAGUAGAUGUAUUCCCUUACGACUUCCAGUGCCUCGCUGCCUAUUGUAAAUUGCUGUUCUCUCCCGAGACUGUUAAGCAUUACUUUAGUUUUCUGCAGAUUAAUUUUUAGACCCACUCUUCUGCUUUGCCUCUCCAGGUCAGUGAGCAUGCAUUGCAAUUGGUCCCCUGAGUUACUAAGCAGGCAAUAUCAUCAGCGAAUCGCAAGUUACUAAGGUAUUCUCCAUUAACUUUUAUCCCCAAUUCUUCCCAAUCCAGGUCUCUGAAUGCCUCCUGUAAACACGCUGUGAAUAGCAUUGGAGAUAUCGUAUCUCCCUGCCUCCCAGGCAGGGAGAUACGGCAACUGUAAACUAGUACAAAAAUAAAAUCUAAGAAGGGUGCGAUAUAUUUCAGUAGUGCGAAUAUUUACAGUGGAAUCUCUUGGGAUGGCGUAAAAAUUCAUAUCGCCUGAAAACAAAAACAUUGGGAAAUUAUCGUGAGGGAAUGUACAAUGAAGUGUUCGACUUCUCAAAAUUUCACGCUUUCAAGAUAUUUUUUUUCUGCAGUCUUCAAGAAAUCCAGGUUCUGUUUUGAUAGGCCGAGUGUUUUGUCUGACCGUGGGCUAGCUUGGUCCAAUCAAGGGGAGCUUUGUGCAAGAAUUUCGCCGCACAAAACGCAUUGCAGCUAGCCUUGCCGCUGAUUUUCAUAGACCUUCACUUUCUACCCUAGAGAUUUCGUACCCUCGUAACUAGCCUGUGUCAUGCCAGAUGCUAGUGUUACAAGAUAUUCGACAUGGCCUUUGCCAAUUCUACUGCGAGAAAGGUUUUCUGGUAUGUGCCAAGUGCGUUAUAUGCAACAGCAGCGAUGAUAAGGCUUUCUCUUUGAUUAAUUAGCACGGUGCAAGCACCACCUAGCACAGCCCUGCGAAAUGGGUGAUGUACUGCACACUGUUCUCUUGAAUUCAACUUGCGCUCAAGGGCUUCAUGGACCCUGAAAAUGCUUUUGCGAACCCCUGUUUAAAAACCACUGCUGUAGAGAACAGAAUAAUUAAUCAGCAGUACCUUAGUGAUAGCACAGGUAGACAGCACAUGUCUCGAAGAGCUAGGAAGGUUGGGUCCAGCAACAAACGUGCUCUAAAUAAUUAGCACAUGCACUCUUUGUGUGGGCAGCUUUUUUCCAACUAAGCAAGUAGCGCUUGGUUAUCAUCAGUUGCCCGGGUGGGAAGUCUCAGCAGUUCAGCAAUAGUCUCGGUACUUUCAGCUUCCUGUCAGCAUUUAACUUUGAUUGCGAGUUUUCAAGCAGGCAUGAUGUGAUCGUCAUUUGUGUGUAUAUCUUCAAUGUGCCACCAAGGCUUAAAAAAUGGUAGGCGACCCUAAUCUUUGACUUAGGUGUCUACUAAUGGCAAUUGCACCUCAGCAUUGGUGUUCUUUAGGUUAACCUUAGGCAAAUGCAACAGACGAACGAAACUCAGAGGCAACUGCUUUCCGUUAAUUAGCUGGCUAAAUAUCAUGCCGCUUUCUUGUAUAUGGUGUCAUUAGUGACAUCAUUACUUCUGCUUUUUACUUCCGGGCUUCCAGGAAUUUCGCCAAAGUCGUGCUCACGUUGCAGGUCUCUAUAGAGUCUACGAUUCUGGCUUUGGUGUGUAUUGAUCAGUGAUAUUCAAAUAGUUCUAAUUAUUCCUUACAGUCCAGUAACUCAACUUCUGACUUAACUUAUGCUCUGAUAUAUCUAUAAUGCAACCCAUGAAUUUCGUAUUCUACAUUUUUUUUCUAUUUCUCAUUUAUUUGGAAUUCCUUCCCCGGUCGUUUUGAGAGGUGAACCAGAAGUGCUGCGCAAGAAGCAGGAGUGUCAGUCGAUGCUUGUGCCUCUAAAAAUUUGCCUCGUAGUUAUUUGGUGGCUGGUGACUCAUUGUAACCAUCAAUGCUGCUGGCUAAAGUAGCUGUAUUUUUUGACGGUGCAUCGGAGGACGAGGCCUUCAGUGGCUUUGAAGGAAGUGCUGUUGGUCUCCUGCACAAAUUUUAUUCUGCCAGAAUUUGCAACUCGUAUUAAUUUUGGUAUGGAAAAUUUAGUGCCCCAAUAUGUGUAAGUGCGACAUUUCACAAUGAGUGUACAAGUGUGUUUAAUUACGUUUCCUCAAGUAAUUGAGUUGAAAUAGGUGUGCCUUAUACAUAGGUGGACCUUAUAUACAGCUUUAUUUAUUACUUUAUUUAUUCAUACUUUCAAGGCCUGUAGGCAAUACAGAAUGGAAUGGUAACAAAGCAAAACAAAAAAUGCACACACAAUUCUACGGAGGAAAUACGUUAAGCCAUACUGUCGCAGAUUGAUGGUAUGAAUGAAGGUGCACCUGGUAUUUGAACAGUAGAAGUAGGAAGGUGGUUCCAAUUAACACUUGAUGCAGGGCAAAAACGAAUCAUUGUACCUGUUCGUUUGGUGGCUAUCAUGCCAAUUUUAUAUGUCUGGUCAAAUCCCAAUGAAACAUAAAAAGGUGGUGUUAUCUGUUUGCUUCACUACCUGGUUGGAGUUAUAAACCUUGUGGGAUAGGCAAAGGCAAGCACAUUUGCUGCAUUAUGAAAUUUCGCAGGUUGUUUCUUUUUUCUUGCAUAUUACACUGUAAUAGUGGAAAUACAGUUAAACCUCGAACUUCGAUAUAAUGAAAUUCUUGCUAUAACGAAGUAUUUAACUUUUCAUGACCUCUUUUCCAUAGAACACCAUUUAUUUAGAAGCUCAAUAUAGCAAAGUGUAUUUGUAUGCCAUUUCAAAAUACAGUGAAACCUCGUUAAACCAUAGCUGGCCGGAGCUCGGAAAAAGUACGUACUAAACGGUAGUACUGCUUAACAGAAAUAGCAUGAGAUCGCUUACUUACCUGUCACAAACGGAACUGAGACAGAGUGUGAUGAAAGGGGAAAAAAACAUGGAGUAUUUAUUCACUUCCCGCUGCAAAAGUGUUAUUUUCAAUUGAUGCCGUGACGGCCCAGCAGCGACGACAGUGGCCUCAAACUUCCUGAAGCUGCGAGCCAGCUUUUCAGCCAGCCCCCUCUUCUCUGCAGACACUCGCAUGGCAGAUUCCUCGUUGGCAGUACGUAUUCUCUGCGCACUCGCGCGGUUGCGCUGCAGAAGUCGCAGGGUGCCUUUUUUAUUGCAGGGUGCUGUUCUCGUCGCAACAAUUGCAUUCAUGAGGCUGGCGUAACCCACAGCUUCUGCCCCUGUAGGGCCUGAAUCGCCCGUGCAUUUGCUUUCCGUGUCGUCUUCAUUGUAAGCAAGCUGGUUGUUGAAGAACAACGUUCAUUGCUGGCCUCACAAAUGCGAUGAGCCUAGCUGAAAGCAUCACUGCCAAAAUGGCAUGCCAUGCCCCUUCAAAGGUCGGCGGUCAGGUCGAGGUUGGCAUGCAGUGCAGCUUGUCUCUUGCUCACAAGUCUGUUGGCUGCUCGUUGAAAGCAGGGAGCGAGUCUAGGAGCGUGCAGACUAUGGAGGCUGUGGAGCAGUUAAGCUCCACCUCAGCAUCGAGGCCUUCAAUUUCUGCGUCAACUGCCAAAUGUGACAACUCAAAGCAAGGAUGCAUCCACCGAUGUCUGCUAUGUGACUAUGUGGCAGAUGAACUAUUUCUUCUGGAAGCACAUGCCACCAUCCAUACUGGCGAGAAGCCAUUUCAUUGCCCUUCAUGCUCUCGGAGCUUCUCAUACAAGUGUUAUCUGGAUGUCCACCUGCGUACUCACACAGGCGAGAAGCCAUUUGAGUGCCCUUCAUGCUCUCGGAGCUUCUCAGAAAAGGGCCACCUGAAAGCCCACCUGCGCACCCACACAGGCGAGAAGCCAUUUGUCUGCCCUUCAUGCUCUCGGAGCUUCUCACGAAAAGAAGACGUGAAAAUCCACCUGCGGACUCACACAGGCGAGAAGCCAUUUGACUGCCCUUCAUGCUCUCGGAGCUUCUCACGAAAGCCCCACCUGAAAGCCCACCUGUGCACCCACACAGGCGAGAAGCCAUAUCAGUGCCCUUCAUGCUCUCAGAGCUUCUCACGAAAAGAAGACGUGAAAAUCCACCUGCGGACUCACACAGGCGAGAAGCCAUUUGACUGCCCUUCAUGCUCUCGGAGCUUCUCACAAAAGCCCCACCUGAAAGCCCACCUGCGCACCCACACAGGCGAGAAGCCAUUUGAGUGCCCUUCAUGCUCUCGGAGCUUCUCAGAAAAGGGCCACCUGAAAGCCCACCUGCGCACCCACACAGGCGAGAAGCCAUUUGACUGCCCUUCAUGCUCUCAGAGCUUCUCACUAAAGGCCCACCUGAAAGCUCACCUGCGCACCCACACAGGCGAGAAGCCAUUUGACUGCCCUUCAUGCACUCGGAGCUUCUCACAGAAGAGUGGCCUGAAAGCCCACCUGAGCACCCACAUAACCGAGAAGCCAUUUCAUUGCCCUUCGUGCCCUCGGAGGUUUUCAUUGAAGAAUGCCCUGAAUUUACACCAGCGGGUUCAUACAGGGGACCGGCCAUACAGUUGCCCCGUCUGCUCCAAAACCUUUAUGCGGUCUUAUCACUUGAGCGCACAUAAGAGAGCACAUCACCACACUAGUGUAGGGUAGGUCAACAAUCACGUUGAACUAGAGUGACUAUUAAAAAUUACGGACGUAAUUGUUGCAUAGUGUUCUGCUGCAUCAGUUAGCAAAAGUGUUUCCAUGUGCUCUUAAAUGGUCCCUGAAAGAAACACUUUUUUUGGGUCACAAUCUUUUCUCUAGAUCUUUUCUGAGUAUGUCAUAGAACAUAGAGCAAAAGAAAUGAUGAAAACUGACAGACACAAAGCUGUUACAACCGAGAAAAUAUUAGAUACAAUUAAAACUCGAUAUUAUGAAGACAGUAAAAUUAGCUUUUUGCUUUGCUAUGUUGUGACUUUUCAUUAUUUGAAAAGUAUUUAAUAUUUGUUUCGAUCUCAAAAAUUACUCUUUGCAUGCCCCUACAAAAUAUGCAUUUUCAUUGUAAUACUUAUUACAUUACAGAUGUCUGUAUAAUCUGCUUUCUAAGUUCUGUAUAUUUUUUUUCCGCAUUGUUUUUUGGUACAUAUGAACUUGUUUUGUUAGACCUAUUCAUGUAUUUAUUGCCUCUAGGUUCUUGUGUACAUGGUUCAUCCUGGAGAGUCUUUUCCGAUUCUACUCGCACCACAUUUGAUAGAUUGGCACAUUUUAAGAGCAAUUGAACGUUUCAUAUUUUUUUCCAUGAUAGAAACAGUGCAGCCAGCACUUUCCAUUGUCUGUUUCAUCAGAGCACCAAAUAAAUGCCUGUGUUGAGUA